GGUGCAAUAGAAAAGCAGUUGAAGAUUAGCGCCGCACAGCUCCUCUUCCCUCGCCGCUCUCUCUCGAUUCCAAUUUCCAACCCUACAUCCACUCUCCACUCUCAUCGCUUCUUCUGCUUAAGCUCCCUUCAAUAUUGCCGUUUUCUUCCUCUGACUGUGAAAGAUGCCUCGUACAACCACUUUGGAGUGCUCUGGUUGCCCUCCACUUCGUGCUCUAACGUUUGACGCGCUUGGUCUCAUCAAAGUUGUGGAGGCCCGUGAUAGGCAACGAGGAGUUCCCCAGGUGGUGGAGAGAUGGGGCAACUCUGAAGCAUCCAAAUGUGUCACUGCUGUUUCGAUGAUUGACCGCAACUCCAACCCUUUACUAGCUGUAGCAAGGAAAAACAACCAAAUUGAGAUUUUGAGCCCUGUAAAUGGAGAUAUUCAGGCUACAAUUUCGGAUGCCAAUGAUUUAGAUAUUCGAUCUGAAGAGAAUAAUAUUGUUGGUUUGCAUUUAUUUGCAAAACAAGAUUUGGAUUUAGCUUCCAGGUAUUGUACUCUACUUUCAUGCACAACCAAAGGAAAUGCAAGCAUAAGGUCUGUUGAAGUUGCUGAUUCAUCUACAGGAUCUUCCUGUAUUGAUUCUCCAAAAACAUGGAAUGUAUGUUCUGGUGGUAACAUCUUGUGUUCCAAGGUUGAUGGAAAUGAGAAGUUUGCUUUAUUCGGAGGGAAAGGUGUUGAAAUUAAUAUUUGGGAUCUUAACAACUUCACUAAGAUCUGGAAUUCUAAAUCUCCACCAAAGAAUAGCCUUGGUAUAUUUACGCCGACUUGGUUCACAUCUGCUACAUUUCUUAUGAAAGAUGACCAUCGAAAAUUUGUUGCUGGCACCAACAGCCAUCAGGUUCGCCUUUAUGACAUCUCUGCUCAGAGGAGGCCUGUUCUCUCCUUUGAUUUCCGUGAGACUCCAAUUAAAGCACUGGCUGAGGAUAUAGAUGGUUACUCAAUCUAUAUAGGGAAUGGGUCAGGUGACAUGGCUUCUGUUGAUAUACGCACAGGAAAAAUGCUUGGAUGUUUUUCUGGAAAAUGCUCUGGAAGCAUCAGAUCCAUAGUCAGGCACCCUGAGCUACCUGUGGUAGCUUCAUCUGGACUGGACAACUAUUUACGCCUCUGGGAUACAAAGACAAGACAGCUUCUUUCUGCUGUUUUCCUGAAGCAACCUAUUAUGCACGUUCUUUUUGACUCUAAUUUUAUUGUUAAAGGAGCGGUUUUGCUACCGUGCAAGGAACAAACUCAGCCCGAGAUCAUGGUUAAUGAAGAAGUUGAAGUGUCACCUUUGAAAAGAAAAAAAUCUUCCAGAAGCAAAGAACACAUACUAGAUGGCAGUGAAAGAAAGAAAAGAUCUAAACAGAGCAAAGACCGCAAGAAGUCUGAAGGAAAUGAUGAACAUCUGAAUAUUGCAUCAAGGGAUAAGAAAAGCAAGUCAGCAUCCAAGAAAAGAAAUAAGAGCUCAAUUCCAGGGUUGUGAUUUAGAUGGAUCAAGUAUCAUAUGAUAUAACCAAGGUAUCUCAACUAAUAUUGGGAUGCAUGGUGAUGAAGGCAAAGUCUGAAUUCUGUUAGGACUUUGUUUUUAGUGAUUAGAUCAGCUUGGGUGAGUAAGUGACUCAAUUCAUAUGGGAGUGCUGAUGUGAAUUUUGUUCAAUUUUGUGGAUUCUUCACGAAUACGAGAUUAGUGUAACUUAUUCAACAUAGGAGGUGAUUUAGGUUUAGGCAUGACUCAGUUCAUGGCAAAAUGUUCAGUAUUUUGCUUUGCAAUUGUCAGCUAGUAGCCAAUCCAUUUUGCUUAGGUUUGAAAAUGCUUUGCAUUUCAUUUUUGUUAUCAAGCUAUGAAACAUGUUUAAGUUGAUAUGUCUUAUGUGAUUAAAAUAUUAUAUCGGCUAAAUGUAGAAGGUUUUAGUGUCUA